ACUUUCUGAUGGCGCCGUCGAGCUCCCAUAUGACACGACGUCCAUUCCUCGACUCGCAUCUCAAAGUCUUGUUCUCGCUCCAGUCCGGUCCGACGAAAUUCAUCCUCGGCUUCUGCUUGCGUGCCAAUCUCGCCGAAGUGGUGCGCAAGACGCGACCCGGGCCGACGGCAAGCUGAGCAGCUAUCCGCUCUCCCUUCAGCGAAGUACAAACAUCCAGAACACCGCCAGCUUUCUUCCUCGAUCUCGACAGCCCUUUUCGUGCUUCCGACACGAUUUUAAAGCGACAAACGGCUGUUCUGCCACUGAUUGCAGACCGAGUCCCUUCAAACUUCGACGUCUGUGCAGCAUGCUGUGUCCCAAGUGCCUGUCGCAUGGACGCAUCUAGAGGAGCUGCUGCUGCUCGUGUCCACCUUUCGAUAUAAUAUAGUGCCGACAUUACACCAUGGGCAGAGAUCACCAAGAAGACUCGGUGUCUCCGCGGACGCGGACGCCGCAGCUUCUGCCGUCGGCAAGCCCAUCGCAGUCCGCUCUCGCAUUGUCCAACUCCAAGUCCGACUCCCUUCACCCUCCCUCGGUCUCCGCGACAGGCCAACAGCCCGACGAUGGCAAGCGUGCUACGAGUGCACAGGUGAACACGAACGGAGCACCCAAGGAUGGAGAAGCCGCCACGAGCGGCGCUGACAACGGCAAAAGCCCCGGGCCGCGGCUUGAGAUUCCUCGAAUCGUGCAGCCCAGCGGCCAGCGGGACAGUGAUGGCGCGCUCUCGCCUGCCUCUGAGGCGACUGCUACGGCGCCGCCCUCCAUAUCUGGCAGUAGAAGCGUUCAGUUCGCGAGGCCGGAUGCUUUGGAGGAGUCAAUCCCAGCGCCCGCGCACUCCCGCCAUGGCUCCUGGGACGGGCCUGAAACCCCAGGAAAGUCCCGAGGCGCCUCCUUCAUGUCUAAGAUCAAGGCCUUGGCCAGCCCUCCCGCCCAACACACCCCAAGGAUGCUCAGCAUGCCCUCAGCACCUUUUGAGAGUGGAUCGCAGUCCUUGACCAACUCACCCACGGCUGUUCGUUUUGGUACUCGGCUCCCGGACACUCUCGUGGAAGAGCACUCCGAUGCCGAUGCCGAUAUCGAGGAAACCGCAGAUGAGUCAAACAUUCCCGAACAUGGUUCUUCCAAGAAGAAAAAGCGCAAGAUGAAGCGCUUCAAAAAGGGACACACCCCUUCACCCUCCAUAACCAGGCUCCCCUCCGACUUGGACGCGCUGGGCCUGGGGAGCCGCCUGCUGAGGCGUCGCGCAAGCAUGCCUGACACCUCGGCGCAUGACCAGGCCAUGUCCGAAGGCGAUGGUCGAGAUCAGAUGCGACGCAGGCCGUUCAGAAGAGGCCAUUCCUAUGCAGAGCCCAUGGCGCGGCCACCAGUGGACGACAUGGACGACAUAGAGGAAACUGCAGUAGUCGGUCGACGAACGGGUCAUUUGCGCCGCAUCACUGUCUUUGGCGGAGGCGGUGUAUCAGAUGGUGAUGCAAUGACGCCCCGCAGACCAUUCUUCAACUCGGAGCGAGCGUCCAACUUUGGCGCCCAAAAGUGGAAACAAGUCAAGAGCACGCUCAAGCUCCUCCGGCAGAAGAAGGAGGAUCGCUUCGACUAUUACAAGUCUGCAGAGCUGAUGGCUGAGCUGCGAGCGGGCGCUCCCGCAGUCCUGAUGCUAGCGAGCAUGAUCCAGCGAGAUGAACAUGGGAAUAAGAGAAUCCCGGUGCUCUUGGAGCAGCUCAAGCUGCGCAUCAAGGACAGCGCUCCCAUGCCCGAUGAUGACAAGGAACGCCACUGGAUCUUCACCAUCGAGCUUGAAUAUGGCAGCGGUCCCAGCCGGAUGAGCUGGAUCGUUAUCCGUACCAUUAGGGACAUCUACAACCUCCAUUUCCGCUACAAGUUUGCUCUCAGCAACGAAAAGUAUAUGCCGGGCCGCCUGGAUCUCGGAGCCCGGCCGAAGCAGCCGAAGUUCCCGUAUUCUGCGUUUCCCUAUCUUCGCCGCGCUCGAGACAAGAGCGACUCGAGCGACGAGGAGGAGCAGGCUAGUGUCCGUGGCGACGACACCGCAGGCGAAGGCACAGCAGGCGAAGGCAUUACAGAUGAUGGCCCAUACCAACCUCGGCGGAAGAAGUCGCGGGCAAACUUGUGGGGUAUGCGACGGCGCUCAACAGGCUUUACGGAUCCGGGCGAGGGCUCGAACGCUGAGGGCGGGCAAGCGGCGUUCCUAGACAUGAUGACUCGCAGACAGCGAUACGUGGAAAAGCAACGGCGCACACUGGAAAAGUAUUUGUCCGAGAUGAUUCGCUGGCUCAUGUUUCGAGCGGACAGCAACCGCCUGUGCCGGUUUCUGGAGCUGUCAGCUCUCGGAGUCCGCCUCGCUGCAGAGGGCAGCUAUCACGGCAAAGAGGGCUACCUGCACAUCCAGUCUUCAAAGGGCCUGGACUUCCGUCGCGUGCUGACACCCGCAAAGGUCAUCGCUCGGCACACACGCAAGUGGUUCUUGGUUCGGCAGAGCUACAUUGUGUGUGUCGAAUCGCCAGAGAACAUGAACAUUUACGACGUGUACCUCGUCGACUCCAAGUUCAGCAUCGUUUCUAAGCGGAAUCCGCUGAAGCAGAUGACGUCCAAGGACAAGCAGUCAGAAAUCGAUCUGACGGUGGAAGCGCCUCCAGACAAGCACCAUACACUUGCACUACACACAUCCGAACGCAAGGUCCGCCUUUUUUCACGCUACCAAUCGGUCAUGAGACAGUUCGAAGAGUCCAUCAACGAGAUGCUGCGACAGACGCCUUGGUAUCAACCAAAGCGCUUCGACAGCUUCGCUCCAGUCCGAACUGGCGUUUUCGCCCAGUGGCUCGUAGACGGCCGUGACUACAUGUGGAACGUAUCUCGAGCCAUCAACAUGGCCAGGGACGUCAUCUACAUCCACGACUGGUGGCUGAGCCCCGAGCUAUACAUGCGGCGUCCCGCUGCCAUUAGUCAAAAGUGGCGACUCGACAGGCUCUUGCAGAAGAAAGCCCGCGAGGGUGUCAAGAUUUUUGUUAUUGUAUAUCGAAAUGUCGAAGCGGCCAUUCCCAUCGACUCCGAGUACACCAAGUUCUCGCUCUUGAACCUGCACCCAAACAUCUUCGUUCAACGUUCGCCCAAUCAGUUCAAAAAGAACCAGUUCUUCUUCGCGCAUCACGAGAAGAUUUGCGUCGUCGAUCACGACGUCGCCUUUGUCGGCGGUAUCGAUCUUUGCUUCGGCCGUUGGGACUGCCCGCAGCACCCAAUCGUGGACGACAAGCCGACUGGCUUUGAGAUGACGGAGCAGCCCAAGGAUGCAGAGCACUGCCAGCUAUUCCCAGGCAAAGACUACUCGAAUCCGCGGGUGCAAGACUUUUUCCGGCUUAACGAACCGUACGAGGAGAUGUACGAUCGAAGCAAGGUCCCGAGAAUGCCUUGGCACGACGUGGCGAUGCAAGUCGUCGGGCAGCCCGCUCGAGAUCUAACACGCCACUUCGUACAGCGCUGGAACUAUCUUCGCCGUGGUCGGAAGCCAACUCGCCCACUACCCUUCCUAUUGCCACCCCCGGAUGCCAAGUUUGACGAGCUCGAGGCUCUCGGCCUGACGGGCACGUGCGAGGUCCAGAUCCUGCGAUCUGCAACAACGUGGUCACUAGGCACGGACGGCACAGAGCACAGCAUCCAAAACGCCUACAUCAAAAUGAUUGAGGAUUCGGAGCACUUUGUGUACAUUGAGAAUCAAUUCUUCAUAACCAGCACGGAAGCGUAUAACACCAAGAUCGUGAAUCGGAUUGGUGAUGCUCUCGUCGACCGCAUCAUUCGAGCCCACGAGAAAGACGAAGACUGGCGCUGCGUCAUAGUCAUUCCACUCAUGCCAGGCUUCCAAAACACCGUCGAUGAACAAGAAGGGACCAGUGUGCGGCUGAUCCUCAUGUGUCAGUACAAGAGCAUAUGCAGAGGCGAGCAGUCAAUAUUUGGGCGGCUCCGGGCCGCAGGCAUCGAGCCCGAGGAGUACAUAUCUUUCUACUCCCUCCGACAGUGGGGCAUCAUGGGCAAUGACGCACUCGUAACUGAGCAGCUUUACAUUCACGCCAAGGCGAUCGUGGUUGAUGACCGAGUGGCACUUAUUGGGUCUGCCAACAUCAACGAGCGCUCCAUGUUGGGAAUCCGUGAUUCGGAAUGCGCGGCCAUCGUCCGGGACACCGACAUGAUUUGGUCAACCAUGGCUGGCAAGCCCUACCAGGUCGGACGCUUUGCACACACACUUCGCCUGCGACUAAUGCGCGAGCAUCUUGGCCUGGAUGUAGACGAGAUAUUGGAGGAAGAGCGGCAGCAAGAAAUGGAUCGCGAAGCUUUCGAGCAAGAAAUGGACGCCAUUUAUCACGAAGAUCCGUUGAAUCCGGAUGGCGCUGGCCCCAGCUCCGGUCGCCGCGAGAGAGCACAGACGCAACGGCGUCCGUCAUCCCGGGCCCCAAGCUUCAACCGGGAGCUGGACAUGGAAAUGGCGCAAGCAAUCCACGAUGGCGAACCGCUUGAGAAGGGCAAAGAUGCCUCGGACAGCCGUGUGACGAGUGAAAAGCACGUCCUAGAUGUGUCGGGUUACGGGCCAGACCAAUGGAAGAGCGCCGGUCAAAGCGGUCUCGACCAAGGGCGCGACUCGGUCAUCAUCAAUGGGCGCGAAGUGCUCGUACAUGAUAUCGACACGUCGGGCAAAGGAGCGCUGGACUCUCCGAAGCCACCGCACGACACGGUACCGCCUCCUGAGAACCGCUAUCUGGAAUCCGGCGGAGGCGGCAACGCCGCUAUACCGCCGACGCCCUCCCUCACCCGCCGAACCACGGAGCAGCUGGGCUUGCCUCGUGCGGCACAGCUUCCUCCCCUACCGGUAGAGGAUGACACGGACAUUGGGGGGCCGCCUAUGCAUCUUGAUCCCGUUUCUGGCCAACCAAUCAACAGUGCGUUCCAUCCUAUGGCGGCUGAUAUCAAAUGCGUCGACAUCACCAAAGACUGCAUGCGCGACCCAGUGAACCCAAAUUUCCUCGACGAGAUCUGGAACAAGGCCGCGAUAAACAACACCAAGCUUUACCGCAGAGUCUUCCGCUGCAUGCCAGACUCUGAGGUGAGCACCUGGACCGAGUAUCGCGAGUAUUCGGCAUAUAGCGAGAGGUUCCGUGCAAGUAUGGAGGGAAAGAAUACUGGCGAGGAGUCCGAGAUGAAGCGCGAGACGAAUUUGCAGCACGCAUCGACCGCGGCUGGUGCAGGUGUCAGUGCUCCAGGGCCUGAAGCGAUGAUACACGCCGCGAAGCAGGGAGCCGAGAAGAUCCCCGAGAAGCUGGCAGAAAACUUGCCCAUCUCAGAUCAGAAUCAGGGAAAGACCAGCGUCAUCGUGCCAGGGGCGGGCGAGACCGAGCUGGAUGAGAAGGUGGCGCUACAGCACGAGAGCCAACGUCCAGACCCACGCGCGCCGACAAACCUAACCACAGCAAUGAACGCUGGGGCCGAGAGCCGCAUGGAAGCGUCUUCCCCCGUGUACCCUCCCGGCGAUACUGCGUUCCCUCCGUUGGAGACGACACCCACGAAACCCCUAGACCGCCAAGCCACCAAGAACACUGAGCGCAAGACGACCUUCUCUGCUCCGGACAAGCCACCGUCCAAGGAAUGCAAGGAAACUAGUGCGCCGCCGCCGGGACAGAACGGAUCCAUCAAGCGUCGCCGUCGUGGUACCACGAAGGGGAGCAAGCGCACCUUCAGUAUCGAAGAUAUGCCGUCCCGUGCCGACGCCGAAGAGCUGCUGAAGAUGGUGCAAGGCAACCUAGUUCAGUUCCCAUAUGAUUGGCUUCUUACGGAGGACCAGAAUGGCAACUGGGGUUAUCAGGUCGACGGCGUUGCCCCCUUGGCAAUCUACAACUAGUAUUUUCUUCGUAUCGAGAGUUGGUAACAUUUAGUUUCAAACGGCUGCGGAUUGCACAGCGCAUCAUCAAAAGGUUAGCAUGGCCUGGAGUUUAGCUGAGACAACAAUAAAGGAGCACGGAGUCACGACGUAUUUCAUCUACUCAUUUCCCUUCUCUUUCCUGCUUCAACAUCUCGUUCGCAUGAAACGGCAUAAAUUCGCUUGUAAUGGAAGGCUAGGUGCUCUAUUUUUACAAUAUUCCACAGUGUAGUGUAC